AUGAACGCACCAAUAAAGACUGGGAUUCAAUGCCAGAUAGUCAGUAGGAGACGUGUCAAGCCUAUCUUGAGCUGCGCUUUCUGCAGAGGACGCAAGCUUCGUUGCGAUAGGCAGUCUCCUUGUGCUGCUUGCGUGCGACGCGAUAAGCCUGAUGAGUGUAUCUAUAGUUGCUCAGAGCAAGAGCGAAAAGAUGCUGUCGACUACAGGCCUCGUACUAGAGGCCAGCAGACGCGCCAGAGAAUUACCCGCCUUGAAAAUCUAGUUAUUGAGAUGGCACAGAAUUCAUGUCGACCAUCAAGCAACAAUGCAAUGCCAAGCGGGGUCCUGAAUGAUAAUAUCCCCCAGCGUCAAGAGGGCAAUAUAAUAGAUGAUAUGGGUAAAUUGAGUCUCACUGAUAGUCAUACAAUCUACACUGGUAGUUCCCAUUGGGUUACGAUCUUGGACGACAUCCGGCAUCUCAAAGACGAGCUCUCGGAGGAGUACCCCGAAGAAUACUCUGAGAGUAAUAAUACGAACCCCGAGCCGACUCUGUCUAAUGCUGGAUUAAUGCAGGGCUUGACUACCACGAAGUCCUCUCUCCUCAGCAGUGCGCCUUGUCUUCCGAGAGAGCAAAUUCUAGCUAUGAUGCCUCCGCGAAAAGUGGUUGAUAGACACGUAUCCCAAUUCUUUAAUGAUUAUGAGAUGGGCCCUUUUAUUCUACACCGACAAACGUUCCUCGCAGAGUACGAGACCUUCUGGGGUAACCCUACUAAUACCUCUAUUAUGUGGAUAGGGCUUUUAUUUAGUGGUAGCGUAUCUGCCUUCUUACAGCAGCAAGACGCGAGAUCUCACGGCUUGUCCGCCGUCGAGGUACAAAAUAUGUUGGAGACCUAUCGAUGCCUCACCACCCAUUGCUUAAUCACCGGUGAUUAUCUCUGUCCCGGUAAGUACACCAUCGAAACUCUGACUUUAUACUACUUUGUCGAACGGAACGUAAACAUCGAUAUAUCCGUAAGUAAUUGGAUUCUUAUCGGUGUCAUCAUCCGGAUUGCGCUACGCAUGGGCCUUCACCGCGAUCCUUCUCACUGGCCGAGCAUUCGACCCUUGCAGGCAGAACAUCGGCGACGGCUCUGGAUCAUCCUGUACCAGAUGGACUUCUUUUCGAGUACGCAAGUGGGAUUACCACGUAUUAUAAAGGAUUCCCAAUGCGACACGCGUCCGCCCGCGCACUUGUUCAGCUAUGAUAUAGGCGUCGAGCAUGACGAAAUUCCACCCGAGAGAUUGUUGACGGAAUCUACUGCGCUCCUAUACAUUAUACAGAGAGAUAAGAUCAUCCGAGUAACAGCGGAGAUAUACGACGUAAUUGAGGCAGGGCCACCAUCACCAUCCACUAUUGCGACGUUAAGCUCCAAACUUCAAAGGGCCAUCGAUGCCAUACCCGCAUGGCUUAAAUUUAAACCACUCGAAAUAUCAAUCGCAGAUAAUCCUCUUGCGAUACUACACGGCAUGUUCAUGGAUGUCCUUGUACAGAAGGCUGUUUAUCUCCUCCAUCGGUGGAGCUUCAUGAAAGGAUCUUCCGGGGAAGAAAACGCGAAGUCUAACGACAUCUGCAUCAAUGCUGCACUUGCAAUACUGGAGCAUCAAAGAAGAAUGAGCGAAGAGGUUCAACCUGGGGGCAUUCUGUUUAACAUUCGCUGGAAGUCUACAAUGAUGCUAUGUUUCGCGUUGAGUAGGUUUGACAAUAGUCACUCUGGUGCGAGUGAUUCAUACUCUCUACAUAGACGACAUGACAUCGUCGAGGCUCUGACUUUUGCGAAAGCUCUAUGGGAGAAGGAGGCGGACCAACUUACGGAAGCGCGAAGAGCAGCCAAAGCCAUCGCGGCUGUAUUGCGGCAAGAUUCGGACAAAUCAAGUACACCAACAUUGGCAACCCUCAAUGGUGGCCUGCUUCAUCCAUCUGUGAACAUUGGCCAUGCGGCAGGGUUCCUCGAUCGGAUACCAGGAGAAGCUACGCAAAACUAUUUCGAUAGUUUUAACUAUGAGCAAACCAUGGGUUUGGAUCCUUCAUUCUUCGCGGUUGAAACCGGAAACAUACUGGAAGACUUCGUAUCAGAGCAAUAUCACCCCUAG